UAAACUUCCGCUUUUCAUUCCAGCUGAUCUCAUUUUCUAAAAUUUCACAUUUUUUCGUAACAAAACCGAAAUAGAAUUGACUCAGAAGCCGAAACUAGAGAAAACUGUGAGGCGAUAGACAUUUUCUAGUCUGUUAUUUUUUAUAUGAUUGCAAGAAAAUGUUUGGUUUUGGGCAAAUGUUCCCCGAAAUGGGAAGAAAUUUCUCUGCUAACUAUCGAUGUUAUUCGGCCAGUAUGUUAGGUGAUAGAGAAGAUGUUGAACGGGGUGGAAAAAUUAUAAUGCCACCUUCAGCCUUAGACCAGCUCACUCGACUUAAUAUACAGUAUCCCAUGUUAUUUAAACUGACCAAUAAGAAAUCAAAUAGAGAUACACAUUGUGGCGUGCUGGAGUUCGUAGCUGAUGAGGGCAGGAUUUAUAUACCUUAUUGGAUGAUGCAGAAUUUACUACUGGAUGAAGGAGGUUUGGUUCAGAUAGAAAACGUGUCACUAUCAGUUGCAACUUUCGCCAAAUUUCAGCCUCAAUCAGUAGAUUUUCUCGAUAUUACCAAUCCUAAAGCUGUAUUAGAGAAUGGAUUACGUAACUUUGCCUGUUUAACAACAACUGAUGUUAUUGCUAUUAAAUAUAAUGAGAAGAUUUAUGAACUAUGUGUUUUAGAAACGAAACCCGGGAAAGCUGUUUCUAUUAUAGAGUGUGAUAUGAAUGUAGAAUUUGCCGCCCCAGUAGGCUAUCAGGAGCCUGAUUAUAAGAAAAUGGCAGCAGACAAGAAAGAGGCUGAAGCAGAAGGAGAGCCAAUGGAUGCAGAUGAUAUGAUGGAUGCUGCUUUUAGGGCGUUUAGUGGUCAAGGUAACAGAUUAGAUGGUAAAUUAAAAAAUACAGAAAGUUGUCCUGCUGCCCUGGAUACAGAAAUGGUUCGCAGGGGUAUACCAAAUUAUAAUUAUAAAAAAGGAACUAUAACAUUCAUAAGAACACAGAAACCAGUCAAUACAGAUAAUGGAGAGGUGAAUGCCGAUUUUGAAGCUUUCUCAGGUCAAGGUCAAAGUUUACGGAAGAAAGGUCGAAAGUGAAGAGAAUCGAGAUAUUUGUUGAUAUUUAUUGUAUAUUUUGUAAUUACUAAAACUAAGAAUAAUUUUGUAAACAC